UACGUGACUAUAAGGGAGGCUUUUCAGCCAAAUUCUUGCAGUCACGUAAAUUUUCCGGGCCACUUGGAGUCAUGUAAAUUUUCCGGGAAAGCCCUUAGAGUCACGUAAAAGCUCCGAGUCCCGUAAUUUUUCUUACAGUCACGUAAAGCUUCGAGUCACGUAAAAUAAGAAAAUAUUUUAUUGAGCGGCUCCAAUUUUUUUACGUGACUGCGAAUUUUACGCGAAUCUAAUUCUUACGUGACUCCAAUUUUUACUUGACUGGAACUUUUUACGUGAAUGUAAGAAAUCGCGCUUUGAUUGCAAGGAUUUUCUAAUCUGCUCCAAUUUUGCACUGGUUGUCUGGAUAAGUAAUUAAGUAUGAUAAGCUUCAUUUAACAUAAUUCUCCGUGUGAUAAUCUAUAUAUCUAUACCGAAGGAGCUCCCCACAGUGUAGCGACCCUAACCCCACCUGUCAAUUUUUCUUUGAAUUAUGAGCCGGAGCAGACGUAUGUGUCAAUUUGUGACGUGGUCAGCGCAUAAGUACUUACCUCCGAUGAAGCCGAUGAGUUGUUCCAUCGAAUCUAGUAGUAAUAAGCUAAAUACAUAUACGGAGCCGACACGACCGGUGGUGGUAGGUGGUAAUAAGUACAUACGUCGGAAGGGUUACUGUGUGAGUAUACUUAUUUCACCAUUCGCCAUUUUACGACAUUUGAGUUAGUGCGUCUCUGUGGACAAUCACAGUACUCAGUACGACCUGGACACGACAACUCUUGAUCCAGUUUUCUGGAAAAGCGUCGUAUUAAUUUUUGAGGUUAUUUCACAAAUAUACGAGAUUUCAAAGAUUUUUAACUAAAUUCGGCAUUAGGCACUCAAUCUCAUCUUCUUGAUGACACACACACACACACACACACAUAUAUAUAUAUAUAUAUAUAUGGAUAUAAUUGUUGGCUGACCGGAGCCCAUGACUGGAGGCCUGACUUUUUUUUAGACUACCUCUACUCUUAACAUUAACAUGCAAAACGUUUAGACUACUUCAUCAUGGAUGAUAAAGUUGAAGAAAACAAUAUUACAGAACCAGUACUAAAAUUGAAACAAGUUUUUCGAACCCAUAAUGAAUUACUGGAAUCUCUUGCUGCAUAUGAAGCAUAUCAUAAACAAAAAUUUGUUACUGGUCGAUCGCAGACAUAUGAAAAAUUGAAUUUAAAAAGUAUAAAAGAUCCUGUCAUUACAUAUCAUAGACUUAUAAAAAAGUGUAAAUAUGGAGAUCAAAGAAAAUCAGAAGCAAGUGGAAAACGCAGUGGAAGAACGUUAAAAAGAAAUUGUGAGAGCUUUAUUAAGUUUGAAGGCAAGGGUGGACGAUUCUACGUUGUUACAGAACUCAAUUUAGAGCACACAAAUCAUGAAGGGUAUGAGGCGUUUUAAAACAAGAACAAGAAGAAGCUAUAUUCUUGCAUGGUUUAAAUUGUAAAACCUCUUUACUACAUGAACAUAUGAUGGACAAAACUAAAAAGCAAAUUAUACCACAAGAUUUGUAUAAUGCUUUCAAUCAGAAUAAAGAUAAAUAUGGAAAUGACAUUGAAGCUGCCAUACAACUGUUAAAAACUAAAUAUGAAGCAAAAGUUGAAAUUCUAGAUGAGAAUUCAGAAUUUCAGGGUAUGUACUUUUCAAUUCCAGAAAUGAGGCAGAUAUGAGUAAAUACCCUGAAGUAGUGUGUGUAGAUUCUACAUACAAGAUUUUCAACUUAAGAUUUUCUCUGAUGCUUUUUGUUAUUGAAGAUGGGGAAGGACGAAGUCAGAUUGUAGGAGUAGGCAUUUUAGUUAGCGAAUCUCGACCUAUAGUAAAAUGGUUGAUGGAAUGCUUCAAAGAGAUAAUUUAGAAGCUGUCCAAAAGACACGUGGUUUUAUCAGUGACAAGGAUCUAACUGAGAGAUCUGUUAUUCGAGAAGUUUUUGAUUGGGCGAGAUUAUUUAUCUGUCAAUUUCACACGUUAAGAAUAUUUGACAGGGAAAUAUGCCCAACAAAAAUGAAAAUCACUAAAGAAGAAAAAGAGAAUGCUUUUCGGUGCUUGGACAGUAUGGUCAAAAGUUCGUGCCAAAUGGAUUAUGACAAUGCUCAUUCAAAAUUCAUUUCGACUGCUCCUAAAGUUAUAAAAGAUUAUUUUAUCAAAAAUUGGCAGGAUAUUACUGACGAAUGGGUAAAAUUUAAGAUUUUCAACUUGAAUUUAAAAAAUUUAACUAAUAACAGGAUUGAAUCUCUAAAUGGAAAGCUAAAAUAUGAGAUUGGGUUAUUCAAUUCAUUGACAGAGUUUAUUAAAAAAAUUUUUAAAUGGACCAAUUAUAGAUUAAAAUGUAAUAGAUUAAAAGAUAUUCAGGAUGUAUUAAGAAUUAAUCCCAAUGACGUUGUAAUCACAGACUUUGAAAAAGCCAAAGUUUUAUACAAGGAGUGCUUAACUCACUAUGCUUAUAAAGUAGUUCUAGAACAGUUUGAAUAUUUUGAAUUCAUGACAUUGCUAAAUUUUGAUGCUGUAUCACAAACAUGUACUGCUAUAUGUCGCAAAGAAGAAAUUUAUAUCACUCCAUAUACAUGCACUUGUUUUGAAAUGACCAGUAUGGGAUUACCAUGUCGUCAUAUUCUAGCUAUACGUUUACCUUUGAAAAUGUCUCUUUUUUGUAAAGACAUCUGUUUGGAGAGAUGGUUAAAAAGUUCAGAAAACAAGCGUCUUUCAAAAAGUUUUGAAUCAUCGCCAAAUCUAAACUCAUCUUUAGUACAAUCAUCAAGACCGAACAUAUCUUUAGUACAAUCAUCAAGACCAAACACAGUUAAGCCCUCGGUAAAAGCUAUUGAGAAAAAAUCGUCAUCAAGUAGUAGAAACCGUAUUGAGAAUGCAAAUGAAAAGGAUACAACUGAAACUGUAAUUAAAAAAGUCAACACUCCAAGUCGGUUAACCAUUGGAGAAAAAAGGCGGAGGUUAAAAGUAAUAAUGGAUGAAUUGAUGGAGGUAAUUACUGAACAAUCAGAUCGAAUGUACCAUUUAAGCUCAGCAACUAUGAAAAAUCUACUAGAACAUUACAAAAACAACAAAGAUGUGAGUAUAGUUACAACAGACAAAUCUUCAAUUGACUGCAUACAAUCAGACUACAAUUUGGAAGAAUCGUUAAAAGAAUUAUCUAUAGAACGGUCAAAUCUAACAUUGGCUAAUAUUAAAAUGCCUACACCUAAUAAAAGAAUAGGAAAGGUGCGAGAAGUCAGGUCAUGUACAGUAGAAACCAAGAAAAAAUGAAUCACAUAAAUUUCGUCUCAACGGAUUAGUGGCGACACGUGCUAGCAAGCACGCAGACAGCUGCUACAGCGAAAUCGAGGAGUUGGUGAUCAGGAUGCGUUUAGUUGACAUGAUCUUCGAGCGCAAUGUACAAGUGUCUUGAGCCUCCUAUGGUCCCGACUUCAGCUACGUGAUCAUUGGUAGUAAGGGUAUCCUCAGUGUCAACACCGAAGUCGUAGUCAAGGUCGACCGCUGCCCAUCGUUGUGAAGAACGACAGUUUCGUUUUUCUUAACUUCGACAAUGGACUUCAAGCUCUCAAAAA